AUGGGUGCCAAUGGAUCAGCAGAUGAUAUUAACGCCAUGGAAAUCCAUCACUGGUACACAAAAUUUAUGAAGGAGUGCCCAUCUGGACAGCUUUGUCUGCAUGAAUUUAAACAUGUUCUGGGUCUGCAAGGUCUUACUCAAGAUGCAAACAAGUACGUUGAACAAGUAUUUCACACUUUUGACAUGAAUAAGGAUGGAUUUAUAGACUUUUUGGAGUUUAUAGCCGCAAUAAAUUUGGUUAUACGAGGGAAAAUCGACCAAAAACUGAAAUGGUAUUUUAAGCUAUAUGAUGCUGAUGGAAACGGAUCUAUUGACAAAAAAGAACUCCUAAGCAUAUUCACGGCUAUCCAGGCUAUUAAUGGCAACCAGAGCAUGACUCCUGAAGAGUUCACAAACAUGGUAUUUCAGAAGAUAGAUGUAAACAAUGAUGGGGAACUGACAUUAGAAGAGUUUAUCAAUGGUGUGGAAAGCGACGCGAGCCUGUUGGAACUGAUUUCAAAAAGUUUUGACCUUUCCAAUGUACUUAAAGUCAUACAAAGUGGAAGGCGGCACAGCAUCUGA